AUGGAACGAACAGAUUUGCAGAGCAAUAAUAAACAAAGCAGCACUGCUCCCACCUCCAACACUCCGCAGCCCCACCACCACCACCACCAUCACCACCACCUCCACCACCAACCUAUGGUGGUCCCAUUUGAUGGCCGAUCUGUAGCCCCAUUCAUGGGCUCCAUAUCCAUCCAACCCACUCCUACUACUACCAGUGGUGGCUCUUCCUCUCUCUCUUCUCCUUCCAAUCAACACCCACCAAGCGCCUCAACCUCCUCCGCCACACAGCUGUCUCCGCCGCAUCCGCACCACGUCGACGCCUCCCUUGCAAUCGCCACUAGAUCCCAAGAUCUUGCUAAGGAAACCCCUCAACCUGUCGCUGCCGUUGCUCCUAAAAGGUCAACAAAGGACCGCCAUACCAAAGUCGACGGCCGUGGCCGGAGAAUUCGAAUGCCGGCGACAUGUGCUGCUAGGGUUUUUCAGCUGACGAGGGAAUUGGGUCAUAAGUCCGAUGGAGAAACAAUUGAGUGGCUGCUGCAACAGGCGGAGCCGGCCAUCAUUGCCGCCACAGGCACCGGUACCAUCCCGGCUAACUUCUCUACCUUGAACGUCUCCCUCCGUAGCAGCGGAUCCACUCUCUCAGCUCCGCCGUCGAAGUCGGCGCCUCAUCAAUUUCACGGCGCUUUGGCACUCGCCCACCACCCGUUUGAAGAAGGCUUCUCUCAAAUGUUGGGUUUUCAUCAGCAUCAGCACCAUCAAAACCCUCAUAUUUUGACCGCCGACCAAAUUGCUGAGGCAAUUUCCACCGGAGGAAACGGCGAUUCAACCGAGAAUUACAUGAGAAAAAGGUACAGAGAAGAUUUGUUCAAAGAUGAAAGUAAUAAUCAAAAUCAAGGGGAAGUAACGGUUGGAUCAACAUCACCAUCCAACAAACAAUUCAAGGGAUCCAUGGAAAUGCCAAAACAACAAGAAGCCGGACCUUCUUCCGGCAACAAUAUCCUCCGGCACCAUGCUAAUAUGAUGCCAGCAACCGCCAUGUGGGCAGUUGCUCCGGCACCCACCAGUGCCACCGGCAACACCUUAUGGAUGCUACCUGUCUCCACCACCGGAUUGACCGUCAGUAGCAGCAGUAGCCAACACUCCCAUCUCCCGGCCGCCGCAUCGGAGUCCCAACAACACCACCACCACCACCACCAGCAGAUGUGGCCGUUCCCGACCGCCCAAGCCGUCGGCGGCGGAAACACGCUGCAAGCACCACUCCAUUUCAUCCCAAGGAUCAACAUUCCGACAACCAAUCUCGAAUUCCAACAGGGUGCAAGAGGAAAUCCUCUCCAGCUGGGAUCAAUGUUGAUGCAACAACAACCAUCGCAACAUCUGGGAUUGGGAAUGAGCGAAAGCAAUUUAGGGAUGUUAGCCGCCCUGAAUGCUUAUUCCCGAGGCGGUCUAAACAUGAACUCCGAUCAAAAUCAUCCUCUAGAUCACCAUCACCAUCAACAACCACAACAACAACAACAACAUCAUUCACAAACCACUGACAGUGGUGAUGAAGACCAAAACGAUUCCACAUGAGAGAUUUUGAUGUUGAUUGAUUGAAAUUUUUCAAGACCAAUUGAACCCAGCUUGAAAUCCAAGAAAUUGAAGAGGUAUAUGUUUUAAUCAUCAUCAUCAUCAUUCAUCUUGUUCUGCUUUUAUUAAUUAUUAAUGCUUGUUUUUUUGGGCAAAUUUAUGUGUUGAUUGUUGUGGAUGUAUUUCGGUAGGUUUGAUCGAAACGGAUAGUAGGAGUUUCAAGAGAGAGUGUAUAGAAGGAUAUAAUGAUUUGUGUUUAGUAUUAUAAAUUUGGUUUGUUGAAUCC